UAGAACAUAUUUUUGUGCAACAGGCAUGGUUUCGUAUUCAGUGUAAAUUAAAAUUUACGAAAUUUAUAUUGAAACUCUACGUAUUGCGGCUGAAUCAUGACUGAAGACAGUGAUAAUAGUAACAGUGAUAACCAAGAAUUUGAAACGGAAGAACAACAAGAAGAGGAAACUAAAGUUGAGAAAAAUGUAGAUGAACAAGAAGAAACAGUCACAUUUAAAGAUUUAGGAAUAGUAGAUAUACUAUGUGAAGCAUGUACAGAGUUAAAAUGGAAGAAUCCAUCAAAGAUCCAAAAAGAAGCAAUACCUGUAGCACUCCAGGGGAAAGAUAUAAUAGGGCUCGCAGAGACAGGGUCGGGGAAGACUGGCGCCUUUGCCCUUCCAAUCUUACAGUCUCUCCUGGAAAACCCGCAGAGAUACUUUGCACUAAUCUUGACACCUACCAGAGAAUUAGCAUUUCAAAUAUCAGAACAGUUUGAGGCCCUUGGAGCUAGCAUAGGUGUGAAGUGUGCAGUGAUAGUGGGGGGUAUGGACAUGGUGGCGCAGGCCCUGGCGCUGUCCAAAAAGCCUCAUAUCAUCAUAGCAACGCCCGGCAGACUUGUGGACCACCUGCAGAACACUAAGGGAUUCAAUUUGAAAGCUUUGAAAUAUCUUGUAAUGGACGAAGCAGACCGCAUACUGAACAUGGAUUUCGAGGUGGAAGUAGACAAGAUCCUCCGUGUAAUACCCCGAGAGCGCCGCACCUACCUGUUCUCCGCCACCAUGACCAAGAAAGUGCAGAAGCUACAGCGAGCCUCCCUGCAGGACCCCGUCAAGGUUGAAGUCUCCACAAAGUAUCAGACUGUUGAGAAACUGCAACAAUACUAUAUCUUUAUACCUGUUAAAUAUAAGGACGUGUACCUGGUGCACAUCGUGAACGAGCUGGCCGGCAACUCGUUCAUCGUGUUCACGGCCACGUGCGCGGGCGCGCUGCGCUGCGCGCUGCUCAUGCGCGCGCUGGGCGUGCCCGCCGUGCCGCUGCACGGGCAGAUGUCGCAGCACAAGCGCCUCGCCGCGCUCAACAAGUUCAAGAGCAAGAGCCGGUCCGUGCUCAUCUGCACCGACGUCGCCUCCAGAGGCCUGGACAUACCGCACGUGGACGUGGUGAUCAACCUGGACAUCCCGCUGCACAGCAAGGACUACAUCCACCGCGUCGGACGCACGGCGCGCGCCGGACGCGCCGGCAAGGCUAUCACGUUUGUGUCACAGUACGACGUGGAGCUGUACCAGCGCAUCGAGCAGCUGAUCGGCAAGCAGCUGCCGCUGUACCCCGCCGACGAGAGCGAGGUCAUGGUGCUGCAGGAGAGAGUGGCCGAGGCGCAGAGGCUCACCAAAAUUGAAAUGAAAGAGUUGGAAGACAAGAAAGGCGCGAAGGGCAGGAAGCGCGCCGCAGACUCGGAGGACGACACGGAGGAGGCGGCCGGCGUGCGGCGCCGCAUCAAGGGGAAAGGCAGCGGGAGGGAGAAGCCCAGACAUGGCGGCAAGAGGAGACGAUGAAUAUAUUCAUUUAUUAUU